AUGGAUCACCUUCAGUGGCUGGUGAGGCUUUACGCGUUGGCGGUCCUCCUAGGUUUCCGACUGGAGCAGGGCGCUUGCCAACACUACCUCCACAUCCGACCGGCCCCCAGCGACAACUUGCCCCUGGUGGAUCUAAUCGAGCACCCGGACCCUGUCUUCGACCCCAAGGAGAAGGACCUGAACGACACGCUGCUAAGGACCCUGCUGGGCAGCCACUUCGACCCCAGCUUCAUGGCCGUCUCCUUGGCCGAGGACCGCCUGGGCGGGGACGACCUGGCCCAGCUGGACCUGCUGCUGCGGCAGAGACCCUCCGGAGCCAUGCCCGGCGAGAUCAAAGGCCUGGAGUUUCACGACGGCGGGGGUCUCCAGGCUAGCAAGAAGCACCGGCUGAGCAAGAAGCUCCGUCGAAAGCUGCAGCUCUGGCUGUGGUCGCACACCUUCUGCCCGGUCCUCUACGCCUGGAAUGACCUCGGCAGCCGCUUCUGGCCUCGCUACGUGAAGGUGGGGAGCUGUUUCAGCAAGCGCUCCUGCUCCGUCCCGGAAGGCAUGCUUUGCAAACCGGCCAAAUCCGCGCAUCUGACCAUUUUGCGGUGGAGGUGCCAGCGCCGCGGGGGGCAGCGUUGCACGUGGAUCCCCAUCCAGUACCCGAUCAUUUCCGAGUGCAAAUGCUCCUGCUAA